UGCCUUAAGUAAAGUUUAUUUCAAGUAUUCAUGAGAUACGAUCGUAGUAAAGCGUUAAAUUGUUUUAAAAUUGUGUGUGUUCGCUUGUAAUUUCUAUGUGAACUAAUCUUAUAUUAUUUAUAUAAUUAACCGUUUCGCUAUGGCAAAAGUGUCUAAUUCAUCAAAGCUCCCACAAGGAGCAUGUACUACAUCUACUAAAGAGAGACAUUCUAAAGUGGAAAAUAAAAAUGCGAAUCUUAGAAUAUCACCACGGACAGGAGUGGCAAGGUCUAAAGUUCACUAUCAAAGACGGAAGAAAGGCAAAAAGGAUGUGACCAUUUUAGAAGUAAUCAUCCUCGAGAUUCACAUUGUGUGUGCGGCAGAUUUCAGUGCCUUUAUUCGGCAUGUACUGUCCAGUUUUCAAGAGUUUUCGGUGUAUAUUCGGUUUAAUGGCGGUGAUUAUCGCUGUUUCGUAUUGCUUGAAGUACCGGAAGAGUUCGAAAUUACAGAGGAAAAUCAACAUGUAAAGACAUGUUCUUAUUUCUCUGAUGUACCUAUUACGGACUUUGUUGUAAGGACGUCGAGUUCUGCGGGGUCUUUCUUGGUACAAAGAAAGACACCAGACUGCCAGCAGCUGUUUGAUAAGCUUCAGUUGUACGUUAAGAAUCACUUAUGUCCACAUAAAGUUGAUCUGUCGAAGAAACGGUUGACGGACUCGAUCUAUGACGAGGACUCUCUGCACAACGUGUUUUACCAUCAUGGUCAUAUGAUAGUUGAAAACAGGAGCUCUGACACCACUACCGGAACAAACAAGAACAGAGAUCUUGUUAUUUCGCUGAAGGGGAUUACAGGAACGGUUUUUCCCCAUGAUAAUAGUUCUUUUACAAAUUCAGCAUUUCCAGCAAGUUCAUACAAAAGCAUAGUCUACGAUGGCGGCAUAUUGUUACCAACUCCUUCACAUUGGAAGGCAGGGAUUAGCAUGGGCGAAGAUGCAAAUGCUCAUAAACAAAACAAUAUUUCAACCCUAGAGAGCGCUAAGGCCGAAGACAAACCACGAAUGAACAGAAAACGGCCUCGCUACCCAGGGAAAUGCUCCGUGGAAAUCAGACUGGACACGUUUAACGCCUGGCCGCAUUCAGCACCUACCCCACAAAUGCUUGCAGUAGCUGGCUUCUUUUUCACGGGCGAUGCGGACCUGGUUCGGUGCCACCAGUGCGGUAUCGGUCUUAAAGACUUCAGCCCGGUUGACGAUCCGAUGUCAGAGCACAUUAAAAACGCUGGCAAUUGUGACUUCCUCAUUGACUUGUAUGGAAUUACUGGAUUGGAACAGAAAAGGAAACCUUGGAUUAUUGAAGUUAUUCACCAACUUGGCGAUAUUACUUUAUGA